CAUCAAGGAAUUUGUUACACUAACUAAUCUUGCCUUGUGCCAUUGUGAGAAACUUGAAGAAAUAAUAGAACUUCCACCAAAUAUAAGAGGGGUAAAUGUUCGUGGAUGCAAGUCACUAGAAAGAUUUGGAGAAGUAUCAAAAAUAUUGGAAUUCAAUGGAAGCCACAUCAAAUCACUAAGUAAUAUUUUUUUGUACGGCUGCGACAAAAUGCAUUUGAAUAUAUGGAAUGAUAAAGUGCAAAAUCCAUUAUUGUGGAAGGGAGUCUAUGAAUAUGAUGCUACUUUGUUUCCGGAAAAUCAGAUUCCAAAGUGGUUGAGUUAUGUUCAUGAGUUUUUAAAAGAUAAUGAUGAUGGCAAACCGAGGGGAGAAGAAGAGUGGGUAAUAGAUAUUGAGGGGCCACACUAUUUGCAGGAGAUAAGCGGAAUUGUAUUAUAUCUCGUAAUAUUUUUUAAAGAUGCUUCGGGUUGGAGGACAGAUAUUGGUGAUGCUAAGAUAACCAGUAUCAGCUCAAAUCAUGUGUGUUGUAUUCAAGAAUGGGUACAAUUGGUUAAUAUAGAUUGGUACGGAUUGAAGGAAAAUACGCCUGGAUAUACUGUAUGGGUGGGGUACUCCAAUUUACAAUCUUUUGAACUAAAGGUUUUGGAUAAUUUGCAAGUUCAAUUUGAUCUCCAUCAUUAUUACGAUGGGCUGGUGCGGUUUUAUAAAAGUUGCAGAGCCAAAGUGGUAUACAAGAAUGAAAUGAGAUCAAAUAAAAAAAGAAAUAUGGAUGAAGUAACAUCCAAACUGUGUAUGGAGAGAGAGACUCAUGCGCAUGAGGAGAUUGAAUCAGAGCAAUAAAUGUGUGGAAUGAAUGAAGUUGGGACUGUACUUUUGCAUUU